AUGGACAGCGGCACCAUCGCCAGGCGCAGCGGCCCGGCCUCGAGGGCCCAGCCCCGCGUCCCCCUCCCCACCUGCCUGCCCCUCACCUGCCUUUCCCCGCGGCGCCAGGGACCAGCCCGUCUGGCCCUGCGCGAGCGGCGGCGCCCCGCCAACACCCUCCUCCCCCCCCCGCUAAACGCCUCCUGCCCUCCCCUGGGGGAGCGCCGCUCGGCCCGCUUGGCUCCAGCCCAGCGGCGGCGGCGGCGGCGGCAGAGCGAGCGAGCGAGCGGCGGGGUGGGCCAAGCAGCAGCAGCACCCAGCCCUUCGGAGCCGCCGCUGCGAGGCGGAGCGGCGGGCGGCAGCAGCAGCAGCGGCGGCGGCGAAGGCGACGGCAGCGGCGAGCUGCCAGGGGACGAGGCGCAGCGCGCCAAGAAGAGGAAAAAGAAGGGCUCGUGCUUCUCCAACAUCCAGAUCUUCCUGGUGUCCGAGUGCGCCCUCAUGCUGGCCCAGGGCACGGUGGGCGCCUACCUGGUGAGUGUCUUGACUACCUUGGAGCGCCGCUUCAACCUGCAGAGCGCCGACGUGGGUGUCAUCGCCAGUAGCUUUGAGAUUGGGAACUUGGCCCUCAUUCUUUUCGUGAGCUACUUCGGGGCCCGGGGUCACCGGCCACGCUUAAUAGGAUGCGGAGGGAUCGUCAUGGCCCUCGGGGCUCUGCUCUCGGCGCUGCCUGAAUUCCUGACCCACCAGUAUAAAUACGAAUCUGGGGAGAUUCGAUGGGGGGCCGAAGGGAGAGACGUGUGCGUGGUCAACGGAUCCACCAGCGACGAGGGACCAGACCCGGAUCUUAUCUGCAGGAGCAGGACUGCCACAAACAUGAUGUAUUUGCUUCUCAUCGGGGCACAAGUCCUCCUAGGGAUUGGGGCCACGCCUGUACAACCGCUGGGAGUUUCCUACAUUGACGACCACGUGAGACGGAAAGAUUCUUCCCUGUACAUAGGGAUCUUGUUUACAAUGCUGGUAUUUGGACCAGCCUGUGGAUUUAUCUUGGGCUCUUUCUGUACCAAAAUCUACGUGGAUGCUGUCUUCAUUGACACACGUAAGCUGGACAUCACCCCGGAUGACCCAAGGUGGAUUGGCGCGUGGUGGGCGGGCUUCUUGCUCUGUGGUGCCUUACUUUUCUUCUCGUCUCUCCCGAUGUUUGGAUUCCCGCAAUCCCUGAGCCUCCGGCCGGAGCAGCUGACCGAGGCCGAGCAAGCCAUGCUGCCGGAACGGGACGACGAGCGGCCGAAGCCGAGCAAUGGGGUGCUCCCGCGGCUCUCCGUGGGAACUGAAGACACCCCCUCCUGCUUCCAGCAGCUGAGAGUGAUCCCCAAAGUCACCAAGCACCUGCUCUCCAACCCAGUGUUCACCUGCAUCGUCCUUGCUGCGUGCAUGGAGAUCGCGGUGGUGGCCGGCUUUGCCGCCUUCCUCGGCAAAUACCUGGAGCAGCAGUUCAAUCUCACGACGUCGUCAGCCAACCAGCUGUUGGGAAUGACGGCUAUUCCCUGCGCAUGUCUGGGCAUCUUCCUGGGUGGCCUCUUAGUCAAGAAGCUGAGCCUCUCUGCGCUAGGAGCCAUUCGGAUGGCCAUGAUGGUCAACCUGGUGUCCACGGCUUGCUAUGUCUCUUUCCUCUUCCUGGGCUGUGACACGGGACCCGUGGCCGGGGUUACUGUUCCCUAUGGAAACAUAUCAGGAUUAUCCUCCAGCUUGGCCCCAUAUUCUGCCUGCAAUAACAACUGUAAAUGCCAGACGGAUUCCUUCACUCCUGUCUGUGGGGCAGAUGGAAUCACCUACUUAUCUGCCUGCUUUGCUGGAUGCACUAGCACGAAUCUCACUGGCUGCGCAUGCCUGAGUUUGGUCCCAGCCGAGAAUGCCACGGUCGUUCCUGGGAAAUGCCCCAGCCCAGGAUGCCAAGAAGCCUUCCUGACAUUCCUCUGCGUGAUGUGUGUCUGCAGCAUGAUCGGAGCCAUGGCUCAGACGCCGUCCGUCAUCAUUCUGAUCAGAACAGUGAGCCCUGAGCUGAAAUCGUACGCUUUGGGGGUCCUCUUCCUUCUCCUUCGAUUGUUAGGUUUUAUCCCACCUCCCCUGAUCUUUGGAGCAGGAAUCGAUUCCACAUGCCUGUUCUGGAGCACAUUCUGUGGCGAACAAGGAGCGUGUGUGCUGUACGACAAUGUCGUCUACAGGUAUCUUUACGUGAGCAUCGCUAUUACCCUGAAAUCACUCGCAUUCAUCCUGUACACCACCACUUGGCAGUGCUUGAGGAAGAACUAUAAGAAAUACAUCAAGAACCAUGAAGGUGGACUCAGCACUAGUGAGUUCUUUGCCUCCACGUUGACCCUGGACAAUCUGGGACGGGACCCCAUUGGCCAGAACCCAUCUCAUAGGACAAAAUUUAUCUACAACCUUGAAGACCAUGAGUGGUGCGAAAACAUGGAGUCUGUUUUAUAGUGACUAUAAGGGUGGAUUGUUAACCCAAAGGUCCUUUUUAAAGUCAACGAGAGAAAGAGAGAGAUGAAAAGAAAAAUGUAAUAUAAUAUACAAAGACAUUUUGGGAAAUAUAAGCAAAAUGGCGGCCAUCUCAAAAACUAUACGAAUGUUCCAAAAUGCUCUCAUAUAUAGUUAGGGACAGAGGUGGACCUAUAUCCUUUUCUCAAAAGCAGACGCAGGCAAGAUUCAGGACAACAGGAUCGUUUUUAAAAUCUGGCAUGAGACGUGGAGAUGCAAAACGUCAAUGUACCAGGCACGUCAGCCGGUGGUGAAAUGGAUGGGCAAAGCUGCCGACACUUUGGGAUCCGGUAUUUCACUGAGAGCUGAGAAGAUGUCUGUCUUUGAAACAAACAAACAAACCCCGAAGCAGAGAGAAGAAGCAAGCCACAGCUAUUUCCAAAAUAUGCGCUAUUUGAAACUCACAUACCACUGGGGUAAUCUUUGCAAUACGAGCUAUAAAAGGAUGUAAACUUGGGUGCUAUUCAGUCCCAGCAUUCUCUCUGUCUCCCUCUCCCUCCGACAUCAAAGAGGGAGCCAUGUUGGAAAUUCUCAGCUGAUUCAACGUCAUCAUCACCAGCAGCUGAAAUGGCCCAGGACUACGUGUGUCAUGUCACCGCUCUUAAAGCACCAGCAUCAUUUAGUUAACAUAUUUCAGAGUCUGAUUCUAUUUUGGC